AAUGAGUACAGAUACUCACUUAAAAAUUGUUGUAGAAUCUGUGCGGCUGCUAUCAUGACUACAGGAGACCUAAAAAAUAACCUUCGAAAGCUAAUAUCUGAACUGAAGCAAAUUAAUUAUCCUCAAACUGAGCUCAACCUCAAAGGAAUCGCCCAGGGGAUUCCAAAAGCAUUUCUUCCAAUCGUUCAUCAUGUGUUCCUAGACUAUUCUAUUUCACUGGCACAGUACUUUGCAUCCAAAGAAUACGAAUUUUACGGAAAAACGGAUUCACGGUUUAUGGAAACCGUAUACAAAGUUCUUCGUGACGAGUUUGGCUACAAACCACAGCUUACAAGGGAGCAGUUUCUAACGAUUGGAUUUGCUGAGCGAAAGAUUAUUUUUCUGUGCGCCAUCUUAAAACUCCUGAGAGAGAGACAUAAUGAGCUCAAACCUAAAGGCGGAAAAUUGAUCAAGAAGAAAGCGAAUCAAACUUCACAGAUGAAUGGCACCAACGUCAACGGAAUAAGCAAGGAAACACAUUUAAAGAAAGAUGUUUCGACUUGCUCUGAUCAGUUUGCAGGACCUCUUCCUCCUGACACGGACAUGAAGAGGUUUCGGAGUAACGGAGAGGCUAUGAAAGCUGGUUUGGGAUUGAAAGAACCCCUCAUAACUCGUGAGUUUAUUGAGAGUGAGCACGAGAACCAUUAUAUGUCGAAAGCUGAAGGAGUAGAUGUAAACAUUGGUAAAUCAGGAGAAGUCCUGGCUGCUAAAACUAAUCCAUUUCCGUCAAAUUUGAUUGUCAAAUCCAGUGACCAAUCGCUCUUUGGAAAGAAAUUUCCAGUUUCUCAAAAUGUUGAGACUCGUUCAUAUUUGUUUGAUCGGCCUCAAGUUAAAUCGGUGACAUGGGAAGAUCAAGGUACAGACUCCCAGAGAUUUCCCACUGAACGACCUGAAAAAAUUAUAGGCAAACCUCAACCAAACCCAAUAUCAGUACCAGUGAGCAUCCAUGAAAUUCCUUAUUCAGUGUCAUCGCCAGAAUAUUAUCCAUCAUCCUUUGAAGACACAGCCAACAGAGGAAUGAAUCCACAUUUGGCUCCAGCCCCAGUUACCAGGACAGCAGUGCCAGAGCCAAGCCCAGAUCUGAUGCUCACGCCAACUGUCAAGAGCACUUGUUAUGAUGCCAUCCCCAUUUCCAGCUCUGAUUCACAAGUUUAUUUGCAUUCAGAUGACAAAAUUUCACAUACAAGAGUAGUGAGGCACCCCAAAGCCAGUGAAGGCAAUACUUGCAAUGGCUUUGUAUUCAAUCCAGGUUCUUUUGAAGAAAACCAACUUCUCAAACAACAGUUACAAGAGCUACAGGAGAAAUUUGAUGGUGUGGUAUUGCUGAACAAUGACAUGUCUGCAAGAGUUGUACUCUUGGAGAGUAAAGUGAGGUUACUGGAGGAAGCAUGCCAAAGAAAGUCUGACUGUUAUUGCAAAAAUCCCUUGGCUGCAAUAUCUGCCAAGGAAAAAACAAUGAAACAAGAUGAUGCACAUGUGGUUGUGUCUGGUUUUAAUAUUCAUGAUGAAACAAGAUCAACUGAACAAUCUCACAUGACUAGCCUGAGCAUACCACCUAAAGUAGUUGGGGGGAUAAACAGUGCAGUGCACAAAUCAACUAGCCGAAAACUGUUCAAAGAAACAACAACUUCUCUUGGCAAUAAUGAUGCAGUUAUUGAAUCAUCUUCUCAUUCAGAAGUGUCUGAUGAUGAUCAUGGCAAAGAUGAUGACGAUGAUGAUGAUGAUGGGAAUAGUACUGGCAAAGUUAACAGCAUUCCAUCGGAUCAGAAAGAUGCAGAUAUCAUCAUAAGCCCCUUUCCUUCAUCUUCAAAACUUUCAGCUGUAUUUUCUGACCCUUCAACAAAGAAUUCUGUAGUAAAUGUCCACAAACGGCUCCAGGAAACCAGGGAGCUUCUCAGAAGGACAAACAGAGACUUUGCAACAAAGUUUUGUCAUUACCAAGUUGAAUAAAAUUUAUCUUCUAAAUAACUGCUUUAAGUACUGUGUUUGUUUAAGACAGCACCAGUUGGAUUUACCUCAAGUGUAAACAUGUACAGGUGCAUUAAUAUGGAGCUCUGUCAUCCAUAUUCUGUCUGGACAUUGUACUCUAAGCUUUUUUUGACUAUGAUGAAUGUAAAAUUUUUUCUAAGGAAAUUUUCUGGUGAAAUCUGAAAAGCUCUCCUUCUUACUAAGUUAGUGUUAUUAUGUAGAGUGUUCAAUUGUGGGUGAAUAUAAGUUAAAAUUGAAACAUGAUUAAAAAUCAGAUGCCUCUUUUUGUCUCAUUUUCCUUAUGCUAAUACCAGCAUACAUCAGUGAGAGGUUACAUCAGUGAAGUGCUAAAAAAUAAUGACCAAGUUGAUUUGAUAUUCAGAAACCACCUCCAAUCAAGUCUCUUAUUUGAUUUUGAAACCUUCCUUUAGACAUUACCAUCACUACUGACUAGUUACAUUUUGUUAAAUCUCUUUGAUCAU